AUGAAAGAGCUCCGCAUUAGGAAACUAUGCUUGAACAUCUGUGUUGGUGAGAGUGGAGAUCGUCUGACGAGAGCUGCUAAAGUUUUGGAACAACUCACUGGACAGCAGCCAGUGUUUUCCAAAGGUAUGUAUUUUUAUUUGUGUUCAGAAACAAUGUUCAGCAAAGAAAAUCAUUGGCAAAUAAAUUAUAAAAAACUCUACGCUAUGAAGAGUAAAUUUAGAGUUCAGUUGGUAAUGCAGUGAUUUAAUAAUAUUAUUACUUUUUUCAGCCCGUUACACAGUGCGUUCAUUUGGCAUUCGUCGUAAUGAGAAGAUUGCUGUUCAUUGUACUGUACGAGGUGCUAAGGCUGAAGAAAUCCUUGAGAAAGGUUUGAAGGUAUGUCGUUUACCAAGUCAUGAUGUACAAAGCUGUGAUACUGGAUAUGCAUAAUGCUUAAAGAGAACACAGCCAAUUUUCUGUGUUUACAGACAAGUAAAGUUUAUUCAAACAGAUAAAAGUGAUCAGUGGUUAUGAAACUUUCAUAAUUAUUCAGCCAUUUCAUUGAACACAAGGUUUUAGCUAAGGAAAAGCAAUGCAGGAUUUUUGUAUCAGUGUCUUUGUUUUCAAUUUGAGUUGAUGCUGAGGUCUUUUUCACCGGUGAAAUUAGCCAGCAGCCUGCUCCUUAGCAACAUACCUGUAUACAGUUUACUGUCAGUGACCUAAUUAACACCUGGGGUGUCUAUUUAGUUUUAGGGGUCCAAGCAGGAGCGUUUAAUAGAUAAGCGAGUUUUCUCAUAACUGCAACAAGCUCAAGAAAACUAAUAUGCUUUUGGCAAAAAUAUCAAGAGAGUUGGUUGUAGUUUCUGAUAUUUCCCUAAGGAUAAUACCUUGAGAUUUUUUUGUUCCUUGUCUAUCAAAAGGUUCGUGAAUAUGAACUGUCAAAGGAUAACUUCUCCCGCACUGGUAACUUUGGCUUUGGUAUCCAGGAACACAUUGAUCUUGGAAUCAAAUAUGACCCCAGUAUUGGUAUUUAUGGUAUGGAUUUCUACGUUGUCUUGGGACGCCCUGGAUUCAACGUUUCUAAACGAAAAAGGAAGCAAAGUAGAAUUGGGUUUAAACACCUUAUAACAAAGGAGGAAGCUAUGAAGUGGUUCCAACAGAAGGUAAGGAUGUUAAAAAAAAACUAACUUUAUAAGGGAAAAACGGUUGCUUUUGUACUGUUAAACCAAUGGUUUUCAUUGUGGGCCCCAAGGCUGUGCUCUAGCAGUGCCUGGUGGCCUGUGGCACCUAACUUUUGUUCUUGGGCGACUAGAAGAUCUUAGGUUUUGCAUACAAAUCCUCUGCUGGGCACCCUGGAUUUCACAGGUCCAGAGCACCGGGCUCCCUUCAAUUUUUUGUAGAGCUCAACCUUGGGCCCACAGGAAUAACAAUCCUAACUGGCUGGAGGCAAACUAGUUUGUUAUCUACAAGGGUAAUAGAUGGAGGGGUUGAACUCGGGAGUACUGAGAACAAUCCAGCUAUUGAUUAGGGUAGGUACUGAGCACACACCUUCUAGAUUACAAUUCCAGUGCUCUUGGACACUCUGCCUCCAUAGUUUCUCUACAGUACAAACUGUAUCAGUAUUUCUACUGGACAAAGUUUUCACCUUCUUUUUCACGUUUUCUGAAGGUUGUCGAUAAUUAUUUUGAUGGUUUAUAUGAUACCCAAUCAAAGUCAAUGAUGUUUUGGAGGUGGAUUUGUGCUCUUUCAAGUAACCUGUGAAUAUAGCAUCUUCUUUUCAGUCUCUGUCACACAUUUGUUCAUAAGAUCUGCAUUUUGGUCCCCAAAAUCCCAUACUAAUGAUGUAAAUCAUUGGUUACUAUUACCGUAAAUGUCGAAUUAGCGCCCGGGGCACUUAUUGAAUUUUCUAAGGCGAGAGGGGGGCGCUUAUUCCGUUUAUCAAUUUUUAGCCUCUAAAUGACGCUAUCUUUAUUUGUAAUUAAAACCAAACUGCAACAUAAAAAUUCAAAAACCUUAUAAAAACUACUUUUUGGGAACUCGAAACGUUCUUAAGACUUUUUCAUCAAAAAGUGUAUUUUAUUUCUGCAAUAGAACAAGCAUUUGGAUUCUUAAUCAACUUCAAUUUCUGUAUCGCUGUCCUCAAGGAUGGAUAUGGAUAUUUCUAUCAAGGAAAUGAGAAGCAAACCCGUGCGACUUUGAAAGGACAUUACUGUUUAUACUAUUUAACAAUGUCACAUUUCAUUAAAAGAACCGUAUAGACCGUAUACGUCUCGUAUAUCGUACCGCGUACCGAAACUUAUUUUUUCUCGGGGGAGGGGGAGGCGGGCGCUUAUUUGAAGGAGGGCACUUAUUACAAAUUUUGAGCCUUAGGAGGGGCGCUUAUUUGAAGCUGGGCGCUAAUUCGAGCAUUUACGGUAUUACUUGUACGUAGUCAUGCAGUUUUUAAAUGUUUCUCUUGGGCAAUAAUUAUUAUUAUUGUAAUAUUUUGAAUCCUAUUGAGAAUUGACUUCUUCUUCUGCAUUGUUAACCAAAUUUUCCUCAUCAAUAUCCAAAGAUUUGUUAAUAUUUUCUUGUCUUUCAGUAUGAUGGUAUACUGCUGUCUACCAAGAAGAAGUGA